UUCCCCUUUCGCUACCAAAGCAUUUACCCCUUUGUUUCCCCUUUGUUCGUCUUUAUUUUCCCUUUUUGGGUUGUCUGGGUCUACAAACAUUUCAGAGAUUUCUCCAAAACUUUGGAAUAUUUUCCCAGAUCUAGGGAGAUUUUGGGUUUUUGGUGCUAUUUCCACCAACUUUUCUAUCGCGGCUUCCCUAAGAAAGGUCAAAUUUUCCCCGAAAUUGGGAGAUUGGGCCAACAAUAAAUUCUUGCUUGAAAUAUUACAGGCAUACAUCUGUUUCAGUUUCCACUAGUAUGUAUGGGUUACAAAUAUUUUAUACUGGUUUGGAUAGUCACAAGUGCCGUCUAGAAGUGUUUCUUUGAGGCCUAAAAUGGUCUUAAUGUUUGUCGACUGACGGAGAUAUUUCGAACCUAUCAUAUAGUUUUAUGUAUACUUUUCGGUCUAUAUAGAAGUUCUAAGUUCAAGACACCUAUUGAGCUCUUAUUUUAUUUUAAAAAUGUCGUAUGAACUCUUCCUUAUAAUUUAGCACGGCAAAAUUCUGAUUGUUUGCGAGCUAACAAAGCUUAGGCGCUAAAUUGACUGAUGAGGAACUAAUCUCAUGAAUUAAAGCCUUUUAUGUCAAACAGAAAUGUAGAGUCACAACUUACCUCACUGUCUUCAAGGGUAUCGUAAAUAACACACUAUAUACUCCUUUAACAUAUUAAAAACCACAUCUAUUUCUUUUUUGGGUUCAAUGUUUUAUAAUCAUGCUAAACAAACUUGAAGUCGCGAGUUAGAUUCCAUCACUAACGAACUGUUCCUAUAAAUUUUCAUAGUUUUAAACACUCUCAAAACUUGGAGACAGGUGAUAGAGUUCUAUGAUAAAAACUGCCAUCUUUUUGUCUUUACAGAAUAUUUGAUGUUGAAAAGUUGAUUUGUGUAUUUGAAGCAUGGACUUGUACGUGGUGUUAGAAACUCAUCAUUGCUUUUUAUUCAACGGGUGUAAAUGUAAAAUAAUAAAUUUAACCUGUUUUUGCCUAGUUAUGUGGGUCUUGUGGCGAAUAUCAUACCUGUUAGAAUUUAUAAAACAUUAGUACACGGAGACUAGUGAUUGAUGUCGUUUUACCAGUUUGUAUGUAACAAGUUACGGCUACUGGAUGGAGUUGAUAUCAAACUCUUUUAUUGCAUUUGCCACAACCUCAAGUAAACAGUAGUUUUAUUUAAAGUAAUACGCUCCUCAACUUUCCAUUUUCAGUCUUUUGGAAUACAUGGGAAUAUCAGAACUUUGUCUAGUACUACUAAUGUGAUUACAAACGCUAAUUUGGAUGCUCCCGCUGGAUCAAAACACUUUUUAGGCCUAGGGUUUCAUAAAGAACUCCCAAAGGCUUGUUAUGGCGGCCGCCAUACUGUUGCAAUGCUUCUCGGGGAUGGUGUAGGACCCGAACUUCUAUCAUACGUCAAAGAAGUUUUCCAAGUUAUUGGAGCUCCAAUAGAUUUUGAGGAAGUUGCCGUAAAUCAAGAAUCUGAAGAUGUUACAUUUACUGAUGCUCUACUUGCUAUGAAACGCAAUGGUGUUGGAAUCAAAGGAAAUUUUGCCACAGAACCAGGUCAAUCGUCAAGAAAUGUAGCUCUCCGUUUAAACUUGAAUUUAUAUGCCUUUGUCCAACGAUGUCGAAACUUUCCAGGUGUGGUUACACGUCAUCAAAAUGUCGAUAUCGUUAUAAUACGUGAGAAUACGGAGGGUGAAUAUAGUCGGUUGGAGCACGAAAAUGUUCCUGGAGUGGUAGAAUCUUUGAAGAUUAUAACUAGAGAAAAAUCCACUAGAAUUGCCCAAUUCGCAUUUGAUUAUGCCGUUCGACAUAACCGAAAAAAAGUCACAGCAGUACACAAAGCCAAUAUUAUGAAAUUGGGUGAUGGUCUAUUUUUAGAAGUAUGCUCUUCAAUGGCCAAAAAUUAUCCACAGAUUGAAUUCAAUCAUAUGAUUAUUGAUAAUACAUGUAUGCAGUUAGUUAGUAAACCGCAACAAUUCGAUGUGAUUGUUUUACCAAAUUUAUAUGGAAAUAUAGUCGGUAAUGUGGCGGCUGGUUUAGUCGGUGGAGCUGGUCUAACAACAGGUAUAAAUUUAGGCCCACAAAAUGCCUUGUUUGAAAUGGGCACACGGAAUUCUGGACGUUCCUUAGCUGGGAAAAAUAUUGCUAAUCCAUGUGGUAUGUUAUUGACAUCAGCAGAUAUGUUAGAAUAUUUAGGUCAUAUCAAAGAAGCUAAACUUAUUCGUGAUUCAGUUGUGAAUGUUGUUGGAGAACAAAAAAUACGUACAGCUGAUUUGGGUGGUAGUUAUAAAACUAGUAAAGUGAUUGAAGCAGUCUUGAAAAGUUUAAGAAGUCAACUUGCAUCGUGAUGAUAGUGGAAGGAAUGAAGAAAUUGGAAACUAUUGUGUUUGCACUUAGCAUAUAUAUUUAAAGUAUCCGUAUAGCUUUCAGCACUAUUCGUUGUAAUUUGGUCUUGGCUUCUGCCCUAUCUUCAGGUUAACACAUUUAGUGAAACAACAGAUUCAUACCCACGUUAUCGUAUACGUUUGCUAUGAAAUAUGCUUUAAAUAUAUAUUUCAAGAAUAGUAGAGUGCACCUGUCUUCUAGUCGAUGAAUGUUGUAAGCUGAUAAAUGAUUAUAAACCACGUUGCCUACCACUUAUCCAAGUAAAAAAACCCAUUCUCCACUUCUCUCAAAUCGACUCAGUUUGUGAAUUGGCGGGAUAUAUACAACCAACCACCUUGAUGCUGCCUUCAUAACAGCGCUUUUUUAGCUACUACUGUAAAUUACUUAAGAUUGUGAUUGGUCAUCUUUCUAAGAGAAGUAAUCACCACAAACCACUUAGCAGAGCAAUAAUCAUCAGUAUAGGGGUUGUGGAGAUUAUUAAGUUUUUGAUUGAGAUCAUGAACCGAUUGAUUUUAGACCACCGUUGGAAACCUGGAAGCACUGGACGGCCGU